AUGGAUCACUGGCAAGGUUAUACAUGUUUGGAUUUUGUCAAACGAACAAAUCAGAAAGAUUAUGUUUAUAUUUUUAGUGGAAGUGGGUAAGUUAAAUUAUUAUUAUUAUUAUUAUUAUUAUUAUUAUUAUUAUUAUUAUUAUUAUUAUUAUUAUUAUUAAAACUACAAUUAAACUAAGGUUAAUUUACAAGGAAAUAUGCCAGUUUAGCUUUCGCUAAUCUUCCACUGGACCUUCUAAAGUUAACUGUAUAAUCAAAUAUAUUUACAUGCAGUACAAUUUACAUUUCUACAGACUACAGAAAAAAAAUGGGGCAGGGCAAAAAAAAAAUGGGGCAGGGCAAUUAUACGUACAUUCACUCAGUUGUUCUGUUCCACAAUCCGAACUGGGUAACCAUAUUAACAUUGGGGCGCUUGAUUGCCGCACUUCAGCUUUUCACGCAUCUUGAUUAGCCGCAUAUUCAUAUUUGUGAUGCCGAGCGUGAAUGUAUCAAAACAGUCAUAAAUUGCUCUUCUUCCGUCAUUCGUCUUAAGAAAUGAUAAUCGCUCAAGAAAUGAUAAUCGGAUUAUGUUUUUUCUGUAUUUUUUAUCCACGAAAGUUUUCACAUUUUUUUCAGUUGAGGGCAUCUCUUAACAUAUUAUAUCAUCAACUUAUGCAUUGGUAUGUUUUUUAAGCUCAGAAAAUCUUGAAACACUUGUGAAAAUCAAAUAAUACCGUAACAUUCAGAUGAUGACACUACUAAAUCCGGAACAAUUUUUUAACCAAUAUGAUAUCCAUAUGUUCAAGCAUAUACGCCUGUGUUCUAAAAGCUCACUCACACUUACAUUCAAAGAGUAGAGGUUCAAUCUGAGCUUCCCUUGAGUGUCAGUGCUGUUUUGGAAUAGCUGGAGGGUGAGUAGUCGCAUAUAAGGUACGAGACUACCCCCCCCCCCCAAGCUAUUCAAAAACAGCAUUGUCCCCAUUGACACUCAAGGGAAGCUCAGAUUGAAUCUCUACUCUUUGAGUGUGAGUGAGAUUUUAGAAUACAGGCGAUAGUCUUGCUUGUUUUAUCCGGCUUUUGUGUUAAAAAAUUGAUUGAUGUCAUGAAUUAUGUAAAAUUUAAACCAGUUUGCAUUCCGUGCAUGCAUUUCUCCCCAUCAGGUCACAACAAAAUUUCUUGGCAAAGAGUCAGAUUGUUUCACGCAGUUCUCACCACAAUGCAAGUAUUAGGGCCAUAGAGUACUCCUGUUCACUACAGGUAGCUCUAUUUUGGUUCGCAAUUUUUGCUUUGAGGUUAUUUUUAGAAACCUAGCACACGCGCGCUAAUUUUUAUCACGAAUUCUCAAUAGGCAAUUCCAGCUUUUAGUUUAUGCGUGCAGGGGGCGAUGGGAAGUAAGGUAUCAUAUUGCUGAUUAUGCUGAAAAAAUAAAAAUGGCGACCGUAUAAACACUGAGUGAUAGCUUAUACUUGUAAAUAUUGAAAUAUUUCGGUUGUUUCGGCAGUUUUUAUUGAAAUUUUUCAGCAUAAUCAGCAAUAUGAUACCUUACAGUACUUCCCGUCAUCCCCUGUGCGCAUAAUUUAAAAGCUGGAAUUGCCUAUUCAUGCGCUGAUUGAUUAACAUUAAAUAAUUAAUUGCAUUAUAUUAGCUAUCAGUACCGUCCUUUCAAUGUUGUGUCUGGGAAUCGUGGUCAGUGCAUUAGCAUACCUGCCGAAAUAUGGGAAUUGUUUUUAUUCCAAUUCACACAAAUGAAAAAAUCAAUAUAUUCUAUUGUAUUCGCAAAAUUGUGCGUUGACACGCGCAGUUGAAAAUAGCGAGGUUCAGAUUUGACUACCUCCACCGCUACCAUUAAGAAACCAUUAACCAAUCAAAUGCGUUUGAUAGAUCCGAUUAACCAAUCCGAUAGUGAGAGGCAGUAAAGGAUCAUGCUUUACCAUGCAAAUCUGCAAUGUCAAUUUAGCAUUUUUCAGAGUUCUACAUCCGUCUAAGAAGCUUUUCCCAUUUCACUUAUAGUAUGCGGGGAUUUAUAAUAUUUUAUAGAGGUUUUUCAAACGAAAUAUAUGAACCGACUGAUUAAUAUACAUAUUGCAUGUCGGUACAGAAGGGUGUCCGUUAUAGCCGAGAGAUGUCCUUAAAUUCCUUAAAAGUCUUAAAAAGAGGUUCGACAGUACUAUGAGUCACGGUCGAUCAAUUUAUCCUUGCAAAAACAAAUACGUAGCUAAUAUUAUUCCCAUGAGACAAUGCUGAGAACCAAACAUUUCGGCGCAAAAAGCGUAUGCUAAACUUAUAAAAAAGGAGGAAAAGCCGUGUCAUUUCUGAACAAACCUACUGUUGUUAAAUUAGUCACGGAUGGGAAGGCUUGUGAAAAUAGUUUAUGAAACAUUGCACGAACUAAACCAUUUUAACAUCGUUCGAAAUACUGCAUCAACGAAUUAAAACUUAUUUUCCAUUUGAUUUGGCCGUGGCCAUCGCAACCAUGCCGUGUUAACCGUUCAGGGGCGCAGUGGCGUAACGUUAUAUUAGGGGGGUCCCGGUUCAAAAUUUUCGAAGCCCCCCCUAGUAGAAGUGCCAAAGGCACGAGUCGAGCGCCGUAUAUGCACGAAUUUUCUAGGGGGUCCAGGGUAUGCUCACCCGGAAAAUUUUUGAGUCUAGACUCUCUGAAAUGCCAUUUCCCGGACAUUGGGGAGAGAUAUUACAGAAUUUUGAUGGUCAGAAAACAACAUUGUAACAUAUCAGAGGCCCUGGCCAAUGUUUUUGCUCUAUAUUCCGAGCCUGGGGGGCCCCAUUUGGCCCAUUGGGGUUGGGAGCCCCCGGGUUCUCCCUGUCUGAGCCCAUAGUAGUUACGCCACUGCAGGGGCGUAGCUAGCGGGGUGUGUGUGUGGGGGGGGGGGGUGUAACACCCCCAUUCAUCACAGAUUCGGCAAAUGUCUGGUAGAUUCGGCAAAUGUCUGCUGCACUCGGCAAAUUGUUUUCGGAAUUAUCGGGGAAUUGUUCAGUUUCGUGGUGAGCGAAAAUCAGUUGAGUGGCUCGGAAUAAAAAUUGAAUAAUUACAGCAACAUUUUUACUAAAUUUACGAAAAUCACGUUAAAAGUCGGGAAAAAUUACGGUAUGUCCGGAACAACGUUUUUCACCUUCAUCCCCCCCCCCCCGUCAACAAUUCUUGGGAAAAAAUAUUAAUUAGCGACUCAAUUUAAACAUUGUCGGCAAAAUGGUCCCGCAACCGUGUCCAUAGACCAUGCAAACCAUGUCAUAUUGUCCGUAUAAAUAUAUCUCUGCAAUCCGAAAACAUGAUUUGCACAGAAAGAGAGUGCAGAAAAUAGAUCAAAGCCAUUUUACUGAAAGUAGUUACACUUUAGUCAAACUUAACUGUUCAAUUUUAACUGUUCAAUUUUAACUAAACGAAUAAGACUGUAUAUAACGACUGUUCACAAUUUCAGAAUAAUUAGGAAAUAUAAUCUCCCAAAGAUUAGAUCUAAUAGAUUUAAGGACUCUUUUAUCCUUGACUAUAUGCAUCACGAAAGGAAUUAAAUAGGAAGUUAUUUUAUAUCUUGUAUAUAUAGCUUAAUUUUUAUAUAAAAUUCUAUAUAUCCAAUCAAUUGUAAUUCAGUCUUAGGAUGCAAUAAUUGAGUUAUUAAACGAUUCAUCUAUCUAUCUCUAUCUAUCUGUAUCUGUAUAUCUAUCUCUAUCUGUUUUCUAUAUAAUUAUAGGUGUUGUUCCUUUGUUGGACGACGUGGUGGCAAACAGAAACUCUCGUUAGGUCUCGGCUGUGAUACAUUCGGCAUCAUCGUGCAUGAACUUGGACAUUGCGUUGGAUUUUGGCACGAGCAAAGCAGACCCGACAGGGAUAAUUAUGUGAAGAUUUUGUACGAGAAUAUUCAUCAACAAGAUAAACAUAAUUUCAAGAAAUUGGAGGAUGAUGACAUCAAUUCACUUCAACAGGUAUUGUAUUCUAUCUUCAUUCAGAUCUAGAGCAUCCUGUGGUGGCCAAAGGAUAUCCAGAAUUGCAACUAUAAUAAACCCAAGAAUGUGGAAAUUGAUUUGCCCAUAAAUCAAGUCCCUAGAACGUAUAGUUUAUGACUAAUUGAGCGAGCUCCAUGCCACCAUGCACCUCUCUAUGGGGAAUCAGUUGCGUAAUGUAUAAUAGGUGAUGACUUAAUUGAUGAGCAGCUCAAUAUUCCAUUUGUAUGAAUUAAGGCCCAUUUCCACUUGAAAAAUUUGUAAAAUGUGAUUAAUUGGCCAACACAAAUUUUCCGUCGGAAAAAAAUUUUGAAGUUGAAAAUUUUCAACUUUUAACAAUUAUAUUUUCGGGAAAUUUUUUGUUCGUGGAAAAUUUUCUUGAGUGGAAAUGGGCCUUUAAUCCAGUUACGAGAAGCAAUCUCGGAAAGUAGCUUUCUUUUUCAUAUUGGUAUACGCAGAUAUUAAGUGAAUUUAUUGGUAUACGCAGAUAUUAAGUGAAUUUAUUGGUAUACGCAGAUAUUAAGUGAAUUUACACUUUUCUAUAGCGCUAUGAUUUCCACAGUAUAAUGCAUUAUGGCUCGGACUUCUUCGCCAAGAGAGGUGGUGUGGACACAAUAGUACCCAAACUUCGUGGGAUAAAGAAAGAAGAACUUGGAAAACAAUAUUAUUCACGUUAUACGUUUGCCCUUAGUAAUCAAGAUGUCAUUCAGACGAACCUCAUGUAUCGCUGUAAUAUAUUUAAUGGUAACUAUUUCUUUUUAUCCAGAUCCUAUCCCAGACUUCCUGGGGUCACUCUGAUUCUUGCCUUUAUUUUUUUCAUAAUCUUGUCAAGUCAACAGUUAGUACCUUGACAUUUAGAUCUCUCUUCACGCGGUCCACUCAUCUCCUCUAUGGUCUCUCACGUCCUUUGUCCUCCUUUACCUCGAGUUUUACAAUGUCAUUGACCGGUUAUCUUUCAUAUCUUAUUCCUUGUAAAUACCAUCUCGGCAAUUCACACCUCCCUCUCAACAAGUCUUCAAUGAACUAUUGAACUCAUAGGUAAAUUAAUGCAAUCCUCGAACAAAUUACCUCCACGAUCCAAUGUCUCGACAAUUGACAUUCCAUUCAUUCCAGUCUAUCAGGGACAGGGGAUGUAAAUUUGCAAGGUACUUGAGAGAUCGCCCAACGAUUCCUAAUGACAAUUUUUGCCUAAAUUUGUAUCAACCAUCUUGUUUUACAACCGUCCUGUUCUUUUCGUUUAGAAAAUGGAGGAACAAUUUUCGCGAAAUCAGGAAGCUUUCAUUCUCCGAAUUAUCCGUUACCUUAUUCAGUGUCACGUGACCGUGUAUGGAUCAUUACAAAUGGCCAAUCAAACGGCAGUUCUAUAACCUUGAGCUUUGAUGAUUUUUCUGUGGGCAAAAACGAUGGAACAGGGAUAUGCAAGAAUGAUUACUUAGAUAUCAGAAAUGGCAAAGGAUUUUUAUCACAAUAUCUCACUCAACUUUGUGGCAAUGAAAAACCUGACCCCGUCACAGUGUUAGGUGAAA